AUGACUUCUGGACCAAACGCUGAUGACCGUUCCAGGUUUGCCAAACUCGGAAUGGCAAUAAACGAAGAAUUAACCCAGGCCUGUAGAGACGUCUUAGAAAUGGAGGUACCUCCUGGCCUUGUCUACAACAAAGUAAAAUCAUCAUCGGUUUAUAAAAACAUACGCCCCGAGCAAGAACUUCGUCUUAUAGGUGCCAAAACAGAUGGUUAUAAACAAUUUGAUAUUACAUUGUUAUAUACACUGAUAAGAAACAUAUGUACAAAGAUUCCUCGUCCAACAAAAGGUUGGGGUGGAAACACGAUGCCGGCAAUCGGACAAAUAACGACCGGUGAUGACGUCAAGAUCAGAUUAAUACGAAACAGCAUGUUUGGACACAUAAGCUCGGCUUCUACCUCAAAGACAGAUUUUGAUAACACGUGGUCAGUCAUAACAGAUAUCUGCCAAAGAUUGCAAACGUGCACAAAGAAAGACUACAUGACUGGCCUUAGUAACAUUCAAAGACAGACCUUGGAAGAGGAAAACGAAACAACAGUCAUAGAAAAACUUAGAGAAGAUUAUAAGAAUAACCAAUGUUUAAUGGAAAAGAUGUCUUCCUUGGAGCAGGAUUUGUUAGAGUCGAAAUUAAAAUCGGAAAACAAAGAAAAUACACUGGUAAAAGACAUUCUCCAGAAUUGGCAAGAAGAAGACACUGCCUUCAUUCCUACAAGAGCAAGUGAAGUGGUUGAGGAAAAGCUUAAAAGUCAGAACCUAAUCGCGCUGGUUGGUAAUUCUGGUUCCGGAAAAUCUGCAAUAAUUCAACAUAUUGCUCUCAAGUAUGAAGAGCGUGGAUGGAAUGUCAUACCUGUGAAUAAGGUGGAAGAAAUAAAAACGAUCUGUUCAAAUGGAGUCUCAGAAACUCGGUUUUUAUUCGUUUUCAAUGAUCCUUUAGGCAAGGAAUCUUUGGAUGAAAUUUCAUAUCAUUCAUGGAAAAGUUUUGAGGAAAUGCUGGAGAUGUGCUUGAAGAGAAAUAAAUUAUUGAUUUCAUGUAGACGAUGCGUCUUUUAUGACAAGAGAGUCAAGGAUAUCCUAGUGGAUGAAUCUACUGCAGUAGAAAUUGACAACAAAGAAAAUGGGGCUCACGGUUGA